CACUUCAUGGGAUCAAAAUAAGCACAAAUAAACCAUCCAUAAGCCUCGACAUACAUAGACCUUGAGAAUUUGAUUCUAAUUGUAAUUCCUUCACAAUGUCCAUUCACAAACUUGUUCAAUACUUUCUCUUAUUAUUCUUGUUUAUAGGGACAAUAGUGUCAGCUCAAUUGUCCUCUGAUUUUUACUCAACAACAUGUCCAAAUGUUCUUUCCACCAUUAAAACACAAGUAGACUCUGCUGUCAACAACGAACCUCGCAUGGGAGCAUCCCUCCUUCGUCUCCAUUUCCAUGAUUGCUUUGUUCAAGGGUGUGAUGCAUCAGUACUAUUAGAUGAUACAUCAAAUUUUACAGGAGAAAAGACAGCAGGUCCAAAUGCAAAUUCAAUAAGAGGUUUUGAAGUGAUUGAUACCAUAAAGUCCCAAGUAGAGAGCUUGUGCCCUGGUGUUGUUUCUUGUGCUGAUAUUCUUGCCGUUGCUGCUAGAGACUCUGUUGUUGCUCUUGGGGGGCCCAGUUGGACAGUGCAAUUGGGAAGAAGAGACUCAACGACAGCAAGUUUAAGCUCUGCUAACUCAGAUUUGCCAGGUUUCUCGUUCGAUCUAAGUCAACUUAUUACUGCUUUCUCCAAUAAAGGUUUCACAACCCAAGAAAUGGUUGCUUUAUCAGGAGCUCACACAAUUGGGGAAGCAAGAUGCGUGACCUUCAGACAAAGAAUCUACAACGAGAGUAACAUAGAUUCCUCGUAUGCAACGUCAUUGCAAGCGAAUUGUCCUAGCGUAGGUGAUGAUAGCAAUUUGUCACCAAUUGACACCACAACUCCAACAACCUUUGACAAUGCUUACUUCAAGAAUUUGCAGAGCCAAAAGGGUCUCUUCCACUCCGAUCAACAACUCUUCAAUGGAGGAUCCACCGACUCUCAAGUUACCUCUUAUGGCAGCGACGCGCAAAGCUUUGCCACUGAUUUUGCUAACGCAAUGCUUAAAAUGGGCAACCUUAGCCCUCUUACUGGCACCACUGGCCAGAUUAGGACCAACUGCGCAAAAAUCAAUUGAUCAAUUAAAUUAAUUAAGGAUGCUUUACAUAUAGUCGAAUUAAAAGGAUGGAUGAGAUGGAUAAACAAACACAGAAGACAAAUGAAUAUUGAAAAAGAUUAUAUAUGAAGUGGUUAAAAAAAUUUAAGUAUAAACUCAACGAUGGACAUCGUUUAAACUAUAUGGUCGAUAUCAUCUAAUGAGGAUA